AUGCCCCAGAAACCCUGGAGAAGCGGGCAACCUUCAAUAUCACUACUAUUCCUCUCCGCCCACCAACAUCCAAUGCCUCCAAACUUCUUCCGGGGCGCUCUAUGCCUCCUCAUAACCAUCCUCCAUAUACACGCCGCCGCCGCCCAAACGCCGCCGGAUGCCAACGGCGCCUCAUACUGUAGCCUCAGUGUCCUCAGCAUGACCACGACCCCCACCACGCUCUACAUCCUCGGUGGCUCACAGUCAUGGGCCUCGGACAUGGUAGCAUGGAACGGGCCAAAUAACGUCCUCCGCACCGUCGACAUUAGCUCCUCAUUUCGGAUCGCAGACGGGAAUGUCAGUAGCUAUGCAAAGACAACCACCCUGCCGCUCGAGGUCCCGCGCCUGUCGCGCCCGCUGUGGUGGCCGACGGAGGCCGAGGAGAUCAUGAUGGCACUCGGCAAGCCUGAGCCUGGGAACCGCACGCUUGUGGAUGGUGGGGCGUGGCGGGAGGAUAGUGCGGACAUGGCGUUUGGGUUCUCGAUGGGGGCGCCGGUGUCGAGUGAGGCGAAUACGUGGAUUCCGGAAAGACAGAAGGGAUAUCAGUUGGGUGGGAGGACAUAUUCGGUAGAUGAUCAGGGAGCGGUGGCCGAGGGCGUGGAGACUGGGGCGUUGUGGGUGUUUGAUAGGGCUGGGGAUGCAUGGAGCAAGGAGGAUACGCCGUUUGGGGUGAUAGGGUCCGCGGGGACGGGGUUGCCUUGGGUGGGCGUUGGAGACGAUCAGUUGAUCAUGAGGUUUGGAGGUGUGGUGAAUAGGACCUGGGCGUCCAUGCUCGAGAUUGACAUAUACAGCGCCAAGCUGUCAAAAUGGUACAAGCAAUCCCUCCCCACAGACGCCGCACACCCACCCCCGCGCACAGAGUUCUGCACCGUCACCGUCAGCGCUGCCGACAACUCCAGCCACCAGAUCCUGAUGCUCGGCGGCGUCGAGGCCAACGCUACAGGCGACGGCACCGGCGACACCGUCACCUCAAUCUGGGCACUCACGCUCCCGUCGUUUGACUGGGUUCUCCUACCAUCGACUGUUCUCAACGAGGACGCGGACCCAGGGGGCAGGAUAUCUCCAAAAUGUGAGGUAAUUGGUGAGAGAUAUGUGUUUCAGUUUGGCGGCAGGAAGGCCAUCAGUUACGACUUUCCGACGUGCGAUGUGAAUGCGAGUGCGGCCUUUUUGUGGGAUAUGAAUACGGGCGCAUGGACUGAUACGUUCUUGGUCGAUAAUGGCGCGUAUGAGGUUAGCAGUGAGGUGCGUGCGGUGAUUGGCGGGAGCGCCAAUGGCAAUGCAACAAAACUAGCACCCGAUAACGGGUUCACCGACAAAGCGCUGGGCUCGAUAUUCGCAGUUACGGCCGGCUCCGGCUCCGGCUCCACCGGCAGCUCCACCGGCAGCCCCAAUUCCUCCAGCACGCCAACAACCUCACCCGAACCCACUGCAGCCUCCACCAGCUCCAACCACGGCGCCAUCAUCGGCGGGGCUGUCGGGGGGACCCUGGCCUUUCUCGCCCUAUCCGGCAUAGGAAUAUUGCUCUUCCGGCGGCGCCGCCAGCAGGGCCAGCAGCCCGAAAGUACUCUCGAAUCCAAGGACUUUAUCGGCCUCAACAGCCCAGCGUCGCCAGACGAACAUUACCACCCGCGCGAGCUGGAAGUCGAUGCGAAUUCGCGGUGGGAGAUGAUGUGCAACGCGAAUGCGUCGCCGGUAGAGAUGCCGGCGCGGGAGUCGGUGAUGGAGAUGCCGGCGGGUUAUGGUCAGGAGAAGCAGGUGCCGCUGGAGGUUCGGAGGAAGAAGGUUCCGGGGCGGUAG